AGCGCCUGCGGGGAAGCGGAAGGUGGGGGCGAUAAGAAGGCUGCGGGCGGGGAAGAGAGGCUGGCGAGCAGCAGUGCCGCUCCGGCGUAGCUCCUCGCGCCUCGUCGGUUUCCUCGCGGAGCCUCCAGCCGGCCAUGGGGCUGUGCCCGAGGCUCCUCCGCUGGACGGUGGCGCUCCUCCUGUGCUUGGGCGGCUGCCUCGGCCAGGACGCCCCGCGCUCGCGCGCCAGGAGCAAAAAUUGGUGUGCCCUCGUAGUGAACAAGAAUGUGACCUGCUCUGUGCUGGAUGGCACUGAGAGUUUUGUUCAAGUGCAGUAUAAAUGUUCCUGGAACCAGCUGUCCUGCCCACACACUCCAGUGUAUCGCACAAGUUUCAGACCUAAAUAUAGGAUAGCAUACAAGACUGUGACGGAACUGGAGUGGAGGUGUUGCCCUGGAUUCAUGGGUGUAGAUUGCAAGGAAGCAGUACCACAGAGGCCAAGACCUGUUGUUUAUCCAGCAGAGCAACCACCAAACGAUAUGAAGACAAGCUUGGAGCCUAAUCCAAAGCUAGAACAACAGGAACUGCAGGAUAAAAAAAUUCAGUUCCUUGAGGAUGAAUUGUUCCGUCUUACACAGACUGUGCUAGAGCUUCAAUCCUCCUUAACAGGUGUGAAUAAAAACGUGAAGUUUACUGUGCAAGAAGAUGCAAAUCGGAUGCUUGUAUCAUGGUUGAAUAACCUUCAUGAUAAUCCAGAAACUGACACUAGUGUUGAAGGUGGAACAGAGAAUGUUAAUCCAUUUCAAAAUAAAGACCAAAAAGAAUCUGUAAAUGGAAGUGUGAAGUCUGAAGUAAUGUUAGUAGAAGAUGGUUUGAAUGCCAAAAAUGGUAAGCUGGAAGAAUUGGAUGGGAAAGUUAAUGGCUUUGAAGGACAAUUGAAACAUCUUCAAGAAGCAGCCCAAGGCCCAAUAAUAACACUCCCUAACAACCAGUUAUAUGAAGCAUACAUAGAUGCUAAGUUUGAAGCCCUGAGAGAGGAAAUAUUGGAAGGAUUUGAGAAGAAAAUGGCAGAUUUGAAAAAUUCCUGUGAGUACAAACUGAUGGAUAUUCAGCAACACUGUGAUGAUCAUGAAGCUAGUUGCUUAGAAAUAAGAGAGCUUAUUGGAGAAAAAGAAAAGAACCUGCGAAAAGAAAUAAAACAGCUUCAGAAUCUUGUUCAGAUACCAACAAACCAAUCGUCUUGUUGCAAUGAUGCAAAAAGUAAUGGCUUUGGACAGGAGAUGAAAAAUUUGCAUGAAAAGAUUGACCAAGUUGCAGAAGCAAACAGAAUUUUAAAUGCCAGGAUAGAUAAUGAAAUAAAACAUUUUUCCAGUCCAUAUGCAGAAGGCAGCUUUGAUGAAAAAUGGGAAGAAAUAGAAGCAAGAAUUAAUAUUACAGAGAGAAAUGCUGAAACACACUGUUUUUAUGUUGAAGGAACUCUUCGUGGUGUAAUAGCUACUGAAGUUGAUGAAGUGAGAGGCUCAUUUGACAAAAAGCUUCAAGAACUAGAAAAUAGACUGCAUGCUACUAUUCUAGAUAUUAGUAAUAUAACAGAUCCACAUGGAAUAUAUUCUGGUCAAGGAUCUAUCUUGCACAGCAGCUCAGAAUCUGGAAAUGAGCAGCUUGCAUCUGAGAUUAAUACUGUGAAGAACAAGCUACAAGACAUUGAAAGUCUUUGCUGGCAGAAAUGCCACUCUAUGUCUCAAAAUGUGGAAGGCCUCCAGAAAGACCUAGAUGAAUGUAACAGCAAAUAUGAUUCAUUAUUUUUGAAAACUGAGCUCAACUCUGGUCUUUUGAAGUCUUUAAAUGGCUCUCUAAGUGAGAAAUUUAAUUUAAUUAAAGGCAGCCAGCGUGACAUUCAAAAACUUCAGAAGGACUUACGACUUGUUCGCUAUGGUCUGCAUGCCAUUGAUAAAGAUGUAAAAUUCCUUCAGGGUGGUUUGAACAGCUACAAAGAGCAGCUUCUAGGUGUCAAUUCUACAUGUGAAAAGGCACAGCUUGGUGUGCUCAGGAAAAUACAUGAAAUACAGAAUGCAGUGAACAAUCAAACAACUCACCCAAGCAGUAACUGUUGUAAUGACUUGAAGGAGAGAAUGGAACAGCUUAAUGAGAAAGUAUUGUAUAACAUGAAUAAAAGUAAAGAGAAAUUUCCCAGUGUAUCAGAUUUAGAUGGCAGAGUGUCCCAUCUUGAAAAAACCUGCAACAAACUAGACUCUGUAUCUAGCAGCCUUCAAAGGAUAAAGGAAGGAUUAAACAAACAUGUCUCCAGUCUUUGGAACUGUGUCAAUCAUAUGAACAGAACUGUAACAUCCCAUUCUAAAGAUAUUUUUGACCUGAAGAAUUCUGCCCAACAGUUAAACCAGUUCCAUAAAUUUACUAUUGACCUUCAGGAUCUAAUGACAACUCAACCUGCUAAAUCUGAAAAACCAUCAGUGCCAUCACCAAGAAAACCACAGCAAAGGAUCCCCCUGCCACCAUCAGAUCCAAGAAAACCAUUGCAGCCACCCCAAAUGGGAACAUUCCCAGCACCAUCACAGCAAGGAAUUCCACUACAGCCACGACCAGGGGACCGUGUGCACCCAUCACAACCAAGACCCCCACCACAAAUUCCAGAACCAAGAAAACCUUUAGACCUACCACAUCCACAAAUAAUCAUACAACCACCAUUGCAAGGAAUUCCUCUUCAGCCACCAGAUUCUGGAAUUCUUCCACAACCAUCUUUACCAGGAUCACGAUCACGCUUACCUUCUUUGCCUGGAUCAAGUGGGAUAUUUAUGGAAACUGGGCAAGCAGGCCCUCCUGGGACUGUUUUAAUGUCAGGAAGAGGGCAGCCAAAAAGUAUUGAUGGCCUAGAUGGUCAAAAUAACUUGCUUGUUUUUGAAGGCUAUGCUGGAGCACCAGGUUAUCUAAAACCAUCAAAGCGUCCACCUACAGCUACAGAAGGAGCAACUGUCACUUCACUGGUAUCCUUCUCUGCUGGCCUCACUCAGAGGCCUUUCCCUAAUGGUGUGGGUGUGGUACAUUUUAACAAAGUUCUUGUAAAUGAUGGAAAUCAUUAUAACCCCAGCACAGGCAUCUUCAAAGCUCCAUAUGAAGGUCGUUAUCUGAUCACAGCUGUCCUAACUCCAGAAAGGAAUGAAUACAUAGAAGCCGUGUUAUCUGUUUCCAAUGUGAGUGUUGCUCAGGUCCAUACAGAAGGCUACAGAAGAGAGUUGCUUGAAUAUCACAAACCAAGAGCAGGGAAACAGACUUGUGGUGGAACUGGGACUUUUCAUCUUGUUCUUCACCUCAAAGCUGGAGCUGAAGUGAGCAUUGUAGUUACUGGGGGCAAGCUGGCCUAUACAGACUCUGAUGAAAUUUAUUCUACAUUCAGUGGGGUUCUUCUCUACCGUUCCAUUUCUCAUAAGUAGGAUAUGUCUACUUAAGAUAAACUAAUCCCAACAAAAUUAACAGUAAUAAAUGGUGAAGUUUUAAUUUUUUUUGUCCUUUCCCCCCACCCCUUUCCCACUUCUGUUUAGGUGCAUUUCUUACAUGAUUUAUGGAUGAAAUCCUGUAAUAGAUCUGGGAGGAAGUCCCAUUGAAUUCAAUGGUGCUUACUUCUAAGGAGACAUAUACAGGAUUGCAUUGUACACAUUUUUUUUCCUUGUUUGUCUUUCUUUUAGUAAAGGUUAUGGAUAUGUAAACAUACUAAAGGAAAAAAGUAGUUGCUGUGGUACAUAACUAUAAGAUGAUUAAAAUAUAAUUUAUGUGAUAUUUAUUAACUUCUAGAAGAGAGAUAUAAUAGCAAUCCUAAGACAUCCAAAGUAGUCACUUUUUGAAAUGCAUCAAUAUUACCCUUAAUUCUAUCUAAAAUAUUGAAAGGAGCAGUAAACAAAGCACUAAAAAUUGUCCCCUUAAGCUUCAACUUGCCAUUGCACAUUCUUCCAGGAAUAGUAAUGUUGUUAUGUGCCAUCAAGUCAUCUUCAACUUCUGAUGUCCUGUCCAUGACACCUCCAUUGAGCUCUUCCAAGUUCAAGGCUGUGGCUUCGGUCGGUCUCAUAUUUGGUCUUCCCUUUCAU